CAUCGAUAUAUCGGUGUGUGAGUAGUAAUCGAUGUCUUUGUGUGAGUGAGUGAUCAGUGAUCUGAUGAUCUGAUCCUGUAAUGAGACACUGAAGUAGUCGUACAUCUGGUGAACGGAUCCAUUGAAGAAUUGAAGACAAGAUGUGCGCCAAUGCGUCACCGUUUGUGUCCUCGCAAUACAGUCAUCCGGGUUUCAAUCCGACAAAACUGGGCCAAAGAGCUCAGCAGAUGAUGGGUGAGCAUCGGGUGCCGAAAGCGCCGAAACCACCGGACAAGCCGUUGAUGCCAUACAUGCGCUACAGUCGAAAGGUGAGUGCUUUUGCAUUAUUGCUGAUCCAGUGGUCGACUGAUUGA